AUGGGGAAAAAGAAGAUUGCGAUUGAGAGGAUUGACAAUUUAGCGAACAGGCAAGUGACUUUCUCAAAGAGAAGAGGUGGAUUGCUCAAGAAAGCCAAGGAGCUUUCGAUCCUCUGUGGCGGCCAAGUUGGUUUGAUCAUCUACUCCAGUACUGGCAAGCUCUAUGAAUAUGGAAGCUCCAGCAUGAAGUCAAUUAUUGACCGCUACAAUAAACAAAAAGAGGAACAUCAUCCGCUUAUGAAUCAAGCUUCAGAAUCCAAGUUGUGGCAGAGAGAAGCAACGAUCUUGAGGCAGAAACUGCAACACUUGCAGGAAUUGCACUGGCAAUUGAUGGGUGAACAACUUUCUGGUUUGAACAUUAAUGAAUUGAAAAAUUUGGAAAAUCAAAUGGAGAUGAGUUUGAAGAAUUUCCAAAUCAAAAGGGAUCAUAUUUUAACUGAAGAGAUUAAAGAGCUACAACAAAAGGAAAAUCAAAUUCGUCAAGAAAUUGUACAACUCCAUAAACUGAUAGAAGUCAUCACUAAAGAAAAUGCAGAAUUACAGACUAAGAUUUGUGAAGAAAGGGUUAUGAAUGAGGAAAAUGGGAAUUCUAAUCCUACAAACACUAUCAGCAACAAGUAUGGAUUACAUUCACCUAUCCAUCUUGAGCUGAGCCAGCCACAGUCUCAAAGUACUGAAUCACCAGCUAAAGCGUCGAAAUUGGAGUAUAAUCCAUCAAACUCAUAA